CUUGUUUGAAAUUUCUGAUGGGGUGCGAGUUGCCAGUGGUCACAUUCUUUCACACCAAAGAUCCACAAUUCUCGAUCUGCGAUGGAAGAGAAGUGAAUCUGUUCCUUGACCUUAUCCUGACUUGCCCUCUGUCUGCUCACGGGAAAAAGUUCCCGAUCGUGCCUCGCUGCAUUCGAACUGAAUGUCUCCACGACUGCCCAUGACAUACCCAUGAGAGAGGGCCUCGUGUUCAGAUUGUGCAGAAGUGUAACCGGAAAGAGACCCCCUCCUAGGUAUACUGUCCUUGCUGAAUCUCUCGGAUGAAUCUGUCAUCAAGUUCGAGCCUUCGACACUACUUAAGAACGCCCAUCCUGCGCCUUCACCUCCGUUCGUCUGCUCAGCUUCACGACCCUGUUUUCUGUCCGGCAUGAAAAAUCUUUACGUCCUCCCAAAUGUCGAGCUUGCGAAAAGCAUCAAGGCACAACACGAGACUCUCGACAAGGCCGACCAAUACCACCGCAAGUGGGAGCCCAAACAAAUCGAGAUCGCCGCUGAGGGUUAUCAUGCGAGCAAAGCAUCACGCGAAAGUAUAAUGGCGGCUGGGUGUCCACUACCAGUGGUUGCCUUCAAUGGGAGUGUGUUGCACGAGCGCAUUACGGCGCAGAGUGACGAAUCUCGGGAUGCGCUCAAUUAUGCCGUCGCUUACUCGGCUGACUCGAUAGGCGAGCCGUGGCGUCCCAUCCAAAAACUGCCUUCUCUCUCUUCUGGACGUGAUAAAAAUGGCAUCAAACAGACGAUUAGAGACAUCUUGGGCUCCGACCUUCCAGAGUUGAACAGCUCUAUCUCUGCUCGCGAGCAUGCAUCGCUGAGGACAAUCGCUGCGCGCACCCCAAACAAAGCUCCUACCUACAAGUUCGUCAGCCCCGGUACUUUUGACAUCGAUCCAUCGAACAAUUCAGAUCUAUCUGUCGCCGACAAUACGGUACCACACAGAUAUUUUACUACGAAUGGGCUGAACGUUCCCAGCUCAUCGUCAGGGGACACGAGUCCGUGGCCGGAGCCUACUUUCGUUCCACCGUCCUCGGGCGCCAAUUUUGCCGGUCCCUCGACUAUUCCAGCUACAGCAGCUCCGGUCGCUGGUCCCUCCGCGCAAGCCAUCGCAUCCAACAUGGUUCCUGGACCUGUUGGACGCAUCCAAGCGAUCAGUGCACCUGUAGUUCAGCCCACAUUAGCUGGUGGCCCCGCUCAAGCAGUUCAAACAAAUGCUAUCAAUACUAUCGCUCCAUCACCCGCUCCAACGGGGCACCCCUCGCACAGUCGCAAUCCGACUUUCCAGGGUGAAGCAUCCUACCACUCUCAUGGGCGAUCUCAUCCCAGUCGCGGUAACAUCUCAUCGCAAAGCAACGCCCAGGUCCAGAUGGAUCACGCUGGCCAUGUCGUUCAGCCGGCUUAUUACGCUCCACCCUCUAGCAUGUCGAGCCGACGUCAGACCGAACCACCGGUGAUAGCUCAACAUCAAGGUCGCCAGCAGAGCGGACAUCAAGUUGUUGAGCAGGACCGUCAUCGAGGCGAUCGACACCAACGCGAUCAGCAGUACGAACAUCGAGGUGACCGCCAUCGAGGGGGUCAGCAAGAACAACAUCGACGUGACCAGCAAGGCCGACACCAGGAAUCCCGCUCUCGAUCGCACUCACGCUCGCGGACCACUCCCCCGCCAGGGCCGCAAGACCGUUCUGGCCGUCCAGUCGCACGACCACCUACCCCAAUUCCCCGAUCGGCCUCGCGGGCGCAUUCGCAGAGUCGGAUGUACGAUCGCCCCGCGCUCGAUCAACAACGCUCCCGUCACCGUUCGAGACAAUCCGGCCCAACAGAGCCUCCGCAGCGGCUGUCACGCUCGAGGUCGGUGACUCCGACUUUUAUCACUUAUCCAGUUUCUGCGAUGCCUGUGCAACACUCAGUUUCGGCCUGGCAAAGCAGUGCUGUUGAACACCACUCUUCGAGCAACAGAGCCGGACAGCCUUCUGGCCAAGCCCCCGCGGAAGCUAGACACCGGGCUCCAUCUCGGACUCGACAGGCCGAGCAAUCCGCUCCCCCAGUACAGCAUCGAAGUCGGUCUGACAGUCACGGUAUCCCGAGGUCGGUUUCUGUUGACGUAUCGCACAUUGGGAUUCAUAGUCUGCUCAGGGCUCAAGCUCCGGCCGCUCUGAUCCCAUCUCAGCCGUUGCAUUCUUCUCGCAACGAGGCUCUAGCUCUGCGGCGAACGCAAAGAAGAAUUCCGGAGCGGAGAGCCAUCGCGGCUUCUGGGGACCCAUCUCAGUAUAUUCAGCCUCCACCGGCUGCUGGGCCCUCUGCACAUCGGGCUGCGAGCUAUUCCGAGCAGCCGAUAGCUUCUUCGUCCCAGUACGAUCCUUACGCGACGACAGCCCCGAACAAGUCUCGCAAGCACAGACCCUCGCAAGUCUGAUCAGCCGUGUCGACCCCGAGACCCAUUUUCUUGCGCGCUCACUUUCGACCACCCACUGUCCUGCUCCUAGCGAGCAGACCUCCGUUGUACGAUUAUCUAUGUAUGUAUGCUUCCCGCCUCUAGGACACUCGUGCGAUUGCGCUGGACUACUUUCCUAUGCACCGUCCCCUCUCUCACUCUGCCUUUCAUCGUCUGAACUUGCCUGGUACCGUCGAGACUGGUAGUUUUUGUCUGUGGGGACAUCGCGCGAUUGCGCUGUACCUUUUUCUUGCCGACUCUCCGCUGUUGUAAAUUGUAGAGUAUGCUGUGUAUGUCGUUCUUGUUUUCGUAAAUGGUGUCCAAUACACGGUGUAGUGA